AUGGGAGAGAAUAAUUGCGGCGAGAAAACGCGCGUUCUAGUGGUUGGCGGUACGGGGUUGUUGGGGAGGAGGAUUGUAAGGGAGUGUUUGGCUGAGGGACACGAGACUUACGUUCUGCAGCAACCAGAGAUCGGAGUGAACAUCGACAAGGUCCAACUCCUUCUCUCUUUCAAAAGACAAGGCGCACAUCUCGUCGAAGCCUCAUUUUCCGAGCAUGAGAGCCUUGUCUCCGCCGUUAAGCAAGUCGACGUCGUUGUCUCCACCAUUUCCGUUGCCCAUUUCCCCACCAGUAACAUCGACGUUCAUCUCAAGCUCGUUGAAGCCAUCAAAGAGGCUGGCAACAUCAAGCGAUUUUUACCAUCAGAAUUUGGAAUGGAUCCGCCUCGUAUGGAGAAUACGCUUCCGCAAGGAAGAGAAACAUUCGAUCAAAAAAUGGAAGUACGAAAUGCAAUUGAGGCUGCGGGAAUCCCCUACACGUACCUAGUCGGAGCUUGUUUUGCUGCAUUCUUCGUCGGAAACUUAUCUCAAAUGGGAACUUUGAUCCCUCCAAAGAAAAAAGUCGAUAUUUAUGGAGAUGGAAGUGUCAAAGUGGUAUUCGCAAAUGAAGAUGACGUCGCAAAAUAUACCGUAAAGACACUUAACGAUCCCCGAACGGUGAACAAAACUGUGUAUAUUAGACCUACCGACAACAUUCUCACUCAAAUGGAACUAGUUCAGAUGUGGGAGAAACUAACCGGAAACGAAUUGGAGAAAACGAAUGUUGCUGCAAAAGACUUUCUUGCCGAUAUUGAAGAUAAGGAAAUACCACACCAAUCGGGAUUAGGACACUUUUACAACAUAUUCUACGAAGGUUGUCUCACAAAUCAUGAAGUCGGAGACGACAAAGAAGCUUCUAAACUCUACCCGGACGUGAACUACACUCGCAUCGAUGAAUAUUUGAAGAUGUUCCUCUGA